UGUAUAGUUUAGUAAGUUUAGUUUGACUUGUUUAUUUUUCAACUUUUGUAUAAGCAUGAAAUGGAUUCAGAAUCUGCAGCAUCUUCCACUGUAAACAAUUUUCCAUCGAAGGUUAAUAAUUUCGCUGUAAUAGUGAAUGGUGAACACACUGAUAUAGCAUUAACAACAUUUACAAACUAUCAAAAUUUGAUCAUUACUCAAUUUGAAAAAAUUGGAAACAUUUAUCAAGUUAAAGUAGACCAGCCAGCAAACGGGCUAACUGUAUCAGAAAAGGUGUACAAUAUUAAACAGAUACUAGGAGCCGAAAAUGUACAUGCGGAAGUUGCAGUUAGAUAUUUAACAGAAAAAUUGAGCAUACAAAAACCCUUGCUAGUUUGUUUAAGCCUAAAAGACUAUAGUAGACGUAGCUUAGAUAUUAUUAUAGAAUCAAUUAAAAAUCACAAGUAAAUUAUGGCUUUGGAAAGAAUUAAAAAAGCUGAAAGCUUCUACGGCCAGGUGGUUAUAGGACCUCCAGGUUCAGGAAAAACAACAUACUGUGGUAAAGUUUAUGCGUUUUACAAAGAAAAGUUAAAUAGGAAAGUAGAAAUUGUUAAUUUAGAUCCAGCUAAUGAAAACAUGGGUUACAGUCCAAAAAUAGACAUCAUGCAGUUAGUAACGGUAGAGGAUGUCAUGGCAGAACUUAGAUUAGGACCUAAUGGAGCUCUCAUGUAUUGUAUGGAAUAUCUUCAAGAAAACUUUGACUGGCUUCUUAGUAAGUUAAGCAAAAUUAAAGACAGUUACCUAAUUUUUGACAUGCCUGGUCAAGUUGAGUUAUAUACACAUCAUACUGCAAUCAAAGACAUUUUUGGACGUUUAGAAAAAUUAGGAUAUCAUUUGUGUGCAGUGCAUUUGGUUGAUUCCCAUUAUUGCUCAGAUCCUCCAAAAUUUAUUUCUACUCUGUUGCUAUCUCUAUCUACAAUGUUGCAAAUUGGGCUUCCUCAUGUGAAUGUACUAAGCAAAGCAGAUCUUCUGAAGAAAAAUGCAUCAAAGCUUGACUUCGGUUUAGACUUUUAUACAGAUGUGAUGGAUUUGGAAUAUUUACUGGAACUUUUAGAUGAUGGUCCUUUUACAAAAAAGUACAAGAAGCUAAAUGCAGCUCUUGUGGAUAUUAUACAGGAGUACAGUUUGGUUGGGUUUAUACUAUUGAAUGUGAAAUCAGAUAAAAGUUUGCUGGAAUUGAAAAGUGCUGUUGAUAAGGCCAAUGGCUAUAUUUAUGGGAGUGGUGAAGAGAGAAGUAUACAAGCACUUUUGUCCUGUGCUGUUGGAGCCCGAACUGAAAGUGAAAGAUUUGAUGUUGAUUAUAUGUAAAUCUUUUAGUAAAAUUUCAGAUUUUUAAGCUUCUUUUGUAAUUUUUCUUUGAAGUAAAAACAUAUUUUAAGUGAAAAAAUAGUGAUGUAUUAUUGUGUAUAUUGGUGCUAUUAUAAAUAGUACAUACAUUUAAAG